UUAGGUGGCGGCGCAAUCACUUCAACUACUUCAAGAAGUUGGGCAUACCAGGCCCGGAACCAAACGUGAUAUGGGGAAACCUUGCGGAGUAUCGCUCCAUGGAAAGCUAUAAGGUUCUUGGCAAAUGGAUUGAAAAGUAUGGCAACGUAUUCGGGUUCUUCAAUGGUGAUGCACCAUUCAUUGUGUUAAAUGACCUGGAUUUUAUAGAAUACGUGUACGUGCGGAAUUUUCAAAACUUCGUGGACCGUGGUUUUACGAUGAUGAUAGACCAGAUGCAUCCCGUGCUCGGGAAAUCCGUCAUGCACGUCGGAGGUCACGAGUGGAAGGGUCUUCGAAGCAGAGUCACAUACUGCAUGAGUGCUGCCAAGCUGAAGACGAUGAUGCCACAUCUGGAAGAAAACGUUGACAUCUUCAUAAAGUCAUUGGAAAAGUACGCCGACACGGACAGGGAAGUUCACAUGCUGCCAGAGUUCGAACAACUCUCAAUGGACCACACGGCCCGAGGGGCGUUUGGCAUCGACGAGCAUUUUCAGGGGCAACCCGAUCAUCCGCUGUUAAAGAUCGCCAGGGGAGUCUUCAAGGGUGUCAUGAAGGGUCCUCUGCAUAUGAUCGCACAGUGCACAACAAUGUUCAGAAGAUGGAUGAAACCAUUCUACUGGCUUUCCACGAUGUUAGGAGAGUUCACGUUUGAGAAUCUCGGCAAGGAGACGAUGAAAGUAAUUGAAAUGAGAAAGAAAUACCCUUCGCUUAGGAAGCCUGACAUACUUCAACAUUUGAUUGACGCGGAGGUCACCAAUGGCAGAGCGGACAGCAACGGUGCAGAGCGCCCGAAUGGAAUUUCCAAGCAGCAACAGCUUUCACCACAGGGAAUAGCUACCAGCGCCACCGUAGUGUUCGUCGGCGGAUUUGUGACGAGGCAAGCCAAAGAAGACUUCGAGUACAACGGAAUCAAGUUCAAGGCCGGAACUGCGUUUAUGGUCUCGCAGUACCAUCUGCAAAGGAAUCCGCAGUAUUGGCCCAACCCAGAAGAGUUCGACCCGGAGAGGUUCGCACCAGAGAAUGAAGCCCUGCUGCGCAAGACCGCAUAUACGCCGUUCGGCAUAGGACCCCGAAACUGCGCUGGAAUGCGGUUAGCACUGCUGAACCUGAAAUACACUUUCGCCAGGCUGUUGGAGAAGUAUCGCUUGGAACUGGGAGAAUCUCAGAUGGCAAAGACCGCUGCCCUGCUUUUUAGGAAGCGUAGGUCAAUGAUGAACUGCUUACGGCAAUACAUGUAG